UGCUUGUUGUCUUGUGAAGAUAUAAUAGCAUGAUUUAUGAAUGGUCCGAAUCUAAGCUAAUACAAUAUAUUGAUUCCACAGCUUGCUUUUCGCUUAAUCAAUCUGCUUUCUGCUUUCUUGUUCCACUGAUUUCAUAGCGGGAGAGCACCCUUUCUGUCGUGGCCCAUAUAACCAAUCAUUGUUUGCUACCUGCUCGGUCUUCUAACUUCUGCAUCGCUUCUUACACAAUCGACAAUGCUGUGUCUGCUUAUUAACAAAGAAGCAGAAUGACACGCUAUAUGCCCCUUUUCAGGUCCUGCAAAACCUUAAGACAAUUAAACCAACUCCAUGCCCACCUUGUAGUCACUAAUCUCUCCAACACCGCCCAAGCCUCCACCAAACUCAUCGAGUCCUAUGCUCAAAUGGGUUCCAUUAAAUCCUCAACACUUGUCUUCGAAACCAAUCAAAACCCUGAUUCUUUCAUGUGGGGUGUCCUUAUAAAAUGCCAUGUCUGGUCUCACGGUUUUGAAGAAGCCAUUUUACUCUACAACAAGAUGUUAUGCAAUGAAGCUCAAAUUACUAAUUUCGUAUUUCCUUCAGUUUUGAGAGCUUGUGCUGGUUUUGGGGACAUGUUUAUUGGUGCAAAAGUUCACGGGAGGAUAAUUAAAUGUGGGUUUGAUAACGAUCCUUUUAUUGAGACUUCACUUCUUGGUUUGUAUGGAGAAUUAGGUUGCUUAACUGAUGCAAGGAAGGUGUUUGAUGAUAUUCCGGUCAGAGAUUUGGUUUCGUGGAGUUCGAUUAUUUCUAGUUAUGUUGAUAAGGGAGAGGCAAAUGAAGCGUUGGAGAUGUUUAGGUUGUUGGUAAAUGAACGUGUUAAAUUGGACUGGGUUAUAAUGUUAAGUGUCACUGAGGCUUGUUCUAAACUGGGCAUUUUGAAGCUAGCUAAGUCCAUACAUGGUUAUAUCGUUAGAAGGAGAGUUGACACUUGUGAGGCGUUGGAUAAUUCCCUUAUUGAGAUGUAUAGUUCAUGUGAUGAUUUGUAUAGUGCUGAUAGAAUUUUUGUAAAUAUGGCCAAUAAGACUUUUAUUUCAUGGACUUCAAUGAUUUACUGUUAUAAUCGAAGCGGUUGGUUUAAAGAAGCUUUUGAGAUUUUUGUGAAGAUGCUAGAGUUGAAAGUGGAGCCGAAUGUGAUUACCAUAAUGGGGGUUCUUAAAUCUUGUUCUGGGUUAAGCUGGCUUAGAGAAGGGAAAUUAAUUCAUUGUUAUGCAUUGAAGAAAGGUAUGACAUUCCAAGAUGACUGUCUAGGGCCAGUGUUAAUUGAAUUAUAUGCUGGAUGUGGUAAACUAGGUUAUUGUGAGAAGGUUCUUCUUGCAAUUGGGGAGAGAAAUGUUGUGUCAUGGAACACACUCUUAUCGAUAAAUGCUAGGCAAGGGUUGUUUGAGGAAGCACUAGUAUUAUUUGUGCAGAUGCAAAAACGAGGACUAAUGCUGGAUUUUUUUAGCCUGUCAAGUGCGAUAUCUGCUUGUGGAAAUGUGGGUUCAUUACAGCUUGGGCGUCAGAUACAUGGUUAUGCCAUCAAACGAUGCAUUUUGGGUGAGUUUGUCAAGAAUGCUCUAAUUGGCAUGUACUCGAGGUGUGGUUUCUCAGAUUCAGCAUACAUGAUAUUUAAUGAUAUUAAACAAAAAAGUAGUGUGGCAUGGAAUUCUAUUAUUUCUGGGUUCGUUCAGAGUGGUAAUUCGAUAGAGGCAAUUCAUCUCGUUGAUCAAAUGUACCACAAUUGUCUUAAAAUAACUGAUGUGGUCUUCUUAAGUGCAAUUCAAGCUUGCGCAGACAUGGUAUGUCUUGAAAAGGGAAAAUGGCUUCACCACAAACUCAUUAUGUAUGGUGUAGAGAAGGAUCUUUACAUAGAAACUGCUCUAACUGAUAUGUAUGCAAAGUGUGGAGAUCUUCGAACUGCCGAAGGUGUUUUUCAUAGCAUGUCAGAAAAGAGUGUGGUGUCAUGGAGUGCGAUGAUUUCUGGAUAUGGAAUGCAUGGUCGUAUUGAUGCUGCAAUCACUUUCUUCAAUCAAAUGGUAGAAUUGGGAAUAAAACCAAAUCAUAUUACCUUCAUGAAUAUCCUAUCAGCAUGUAGUCAUUCAGGAUCUGUGGAACAAGGAAAGUUCUAUUUUGACCUGAUGAGAGAUUUUGGCGUUGAACCAAACUCAGAACACUUUGCUUGUUUGGUUGACCUUCUGAGCCGUGCUGGUGAUGUCAACGGAGCCUACAAAAUAAUCAACUCAAUGCCAUUUCCUGCAGAUGCUAGUGUUUUGGGUAAUUUACUUAAUGGCUGUCGAAUUCACCAGAGGAUGGACAUGAUCCCAGGAAUUGAAAAGGAUCUCUUGAAGAUCAGGACAAGUGAUACCGGGCAUUAUUCCUUGUUAUCUAAUAUCUACGCAGAAAUAGGAAACUGGGCUGCUCGUGAGAACACCAGAGAUAUUAUGGAGCGUUCAGGCUAUAAGAAGGUUCCUGGGUACAGUGCAAUUUAACUUGACUAAAAAGCAAUGAUGUGAAUUUGAUCUCCCUAUACCUGCAGUGAAUUUUAUUUUUUCCUUGAGAUGAAAAUUCCUAUGAAAGAGUAUCUUUUCUGAUGA